GAGGAAAACAUAGGUGUUAUUUCUGCCUCCGCCACUACUUAAUUGCCUUAGUUUCCUCAUCUGAAAUAUGGGACAUGAAUGCCCACCUCAAGAAUGUAUGAGUUAAAAAAAAAGACAAACAUAAUUGAGUGUGCCUGCCUUUGGAAAAAACUCAAUACAGGGGGCUCCCAUUACAAUCACUGUUCCCAUUGUUAGUAUCCUUUCCUACCUUUGGGGAUAAUACAGUAGAACUUAGCUCCGAGGUGGUAGAUAGGAUUAAAUGAAGCCAGGCGUGUAAAACACUCCCAGUGCCCAGCACACAGUAAGCAUAGUAAACGUCUGAACAGUAAGUAGUUGACUAUUCUGCUUAUCAGCCUUUUCCUCCUCCAGGCACUGCUAUAGGUCAUGGAUUGGCAACGCAGACGCAAGGGAGUUGGGGCUGGAGUGGGGAAAAAAAAAAAAAAACACAACUAUUUUCCGGAGCCGGAAACCGGAGCGCUGAGUGGGGAAAAGCUUUGGAGUUCCGGCUCACGAAACCCGCGAGGUGCUCAGCGCGCUGCCCGCUGAGGCCCAACACACGGUCGGCCGAGGCCAGACGUGGUCUCCGGCACCGCCACCUCUGGCUCGGUCCCCUCCGAGGACCUCGGUUGUGGAUCGCAGGGUCUGGUAAGCUCUCAGGCAGAAAAACAGCCUAGCAAAUCUGGACAGUGGGAAGUGGAGCCGGGCCUCUGUGCUUUGGGGUGCCCCCCCGCACCCAGGCGCGGGACUGAGACCGCGGACUGCGCAAGCGCACCGAGGCUCUCCGCCACCUAGUGACCGCAGCGGCUCGCAGAGUGGUGGAAGCAGCGCCAACGUCGCGGCGCUGUUGGACCCUGGUUGCAUCCGAGCAGAGCCCGCCCAACAGUGGCGGGUGCAGUUAUCCCGGUUGGCCCGACUGUGGUACAGACCUCCAUGAGCCGGUCCCAGGUUGCCCUGCUGGGCCUGGGCCUGGGCCUGCUGUUCAUGCUGCUGCUAUAUGUGGGGCUGCCAGGACCCCCUGAGCAGACCUCCUGGCUCUGGGGAGACUCCAAUGUCACGAUCCUGGCUGGUCUCACCCCUGGCAGCUCCCCCAUUUUUUACCGUGAGGUGCUCCCAUCCCACCGGGCCCACAGGGUGGAUGUGGUGCUGCUCCAUGGAAAGGCCUUUAGCUCCCGGACGUGGGAGCAGCUGGGCACGCUGAAGCUGCUGGCGCAGAGGGGCUACCGGGCCGUGGCCCUUGACCUUCCAGGUUUUGGGAACUCGGCACCUUCAAAGGAGGCAAGCACAGAGGUAGGGCGGGCAGAGCUGUUGGAGCGAGUGCUGCAGGACCUAAAUGUGCAGAACGCCGUGUUGGUGAGCCCUUCACUGAGUGGCCGCUAUGCCCUGCCCUUCCUGAUGCGAGGCCACCACCAGCUGCGUGGAUUCGUGCCCAUUGCACCUGCCUCCACCCAGAACUACACCCAGGAACAAUUCCAGGCUGUGAAGACCCCGACUCUCAUCCUGUAUGGGGAGCUGGACCGCACCCUGGCUCGGGAGUCACUGCGGCAGCUCCGCCAUCUGCCCAACCACUCCACGGUGAAGUUGCGCAAUGCAGGCCACGCCUGCUACCUCCACAAGCCACAAGACUUCCACCUCGAACUCCUUGCUUUCCUUGACCAUCUACUGUGAGCUCACCCACUGUCCAGGCCCCUGGCCUGGCUUGAACUUGGAGGGUCUGGACCAGUCCCCACCAGGGCAGCAGGCCCUGUGAUUAGAGGGCAGAGGCCAGAGGGCUAGACCCAGUCGGGACCUUUCAUUUUAUCUCAGAGGCACAAUUAAAAAAAAAACAAAAAAGCAGUUUUGUCAUACCUGGGGAGUGACAGGUCCUGUUUGCUGGCAUUGCUGCAGGUGGGGUGAGAGUUGGAGCCAAGUGUGGGACUGCUCGGGAUUGAGAGCUGGAGGGACUGCUCCAGCAGCCUGAAAAGGCUAAGGACAUAGGCUACUUACUAGAUGGCUGCUGAGUGGCUAGUCUGUGACUCAGUUUCCUCAUCAGUAAAAUGGGCAUGAUGUAACACCUAGUUUAGAAACUGGUUUUAGGAUUGAAUGAGUCUGGGUAAGCAGAGCACUUGGCCACACAGGGCUGGCACGUGGGACUGUCAUUGAGAGGGGUCAUUACUCCUGCUAAAUGAUCACUGGGAUUGAUGGGAAAUCCAGGGUCUGGUGGCUGAGAUGAGUGAAUCAGGAUGUAGGUUCCAUGGCCAAAAGGGGCAGGAUGUGUAGAGGAGGGGAUGGGGAAUGUGGUUUAUCUUGUAGCAUAGUAUUGGGGAGGGGGAAGUUUCCCCCUCUCCCCAUCUUGAGUUCUUGGUUGGACUAACAAUAAAACUGACACAGAACAGA